AUGGGCCUGGGAUCUUUAGUUGAGUUUGUACCUGUCAUGGAAAAUGAUUGUCAUUGCAAUGUGUUCAAGGGAAGUGAGUACGCUGAAAGUACCGAUACACUGCAGUUGACCAGCUCCGCUUCAGCUGGUGUUGAUAUGUUGAGUGGUUGUUUUACUGAUAAUAGAUGUGAGACUUUAAGCACUAUCAAGUCGUCAAUUGUGGGUAAAGAUUUCAGUAGUGUUGGGCUCGAAGAUGGUUACGGUGCAGAGAUACAAAGUUGCGAUGGUAGCGAAACUAAACAUAAAUUUGUUUCUGAAAGUCGAGUCGUUGCUUUGCACGGUAAUGGUUUGAUGAACAUAUCGUCUUCGAGUAGUGAGGACAUUCUGCAGUCAGUUUCUCCGAAGAAACAGUUUCUAUAUACUAACAGUGUUGAUGCGAUUAAUUCGAAAUCAGUUGAAAUUUCGGAAGAAGAGCAGAAAAGCAUUACUGGAGAACCGGGUUCUGACAGUGCUGCCGAACGUAAGGAUUCUGCUAGCAGACGUUCUGGGAGUCCGGAAGCACCUUUCAACACUGGAUUUAUCAAUGGUUCACUUGGCAAUAACGGCUCUUCAGCGAAGCUUCCCAAGACUUAUCCGCCGCUGAGUAUUACAGUUUCGAAUGCAGCUGAGUCUGAUCGACACCUCACUUCGAUGUACGUUAGUGAUGACCAUAAAGGACUUUUGAAAAAAGCAGUACCAGUUGGAGCCUCAUUACAUUAUGUUCCUGUUGAACAGAAAAUUGCUCCCGCAUCUGGAAAUGAUGACGGUCUGGUUCUUCCAAACGAGCAUACAUUGAACAAAGCUUUGGAUCUGUUCAAAAUUCCUUCGACAGGGAUCUCAACGCAUUCCUCGUCACUUCCUUCACCAGCCUCGGCAAAGGCGUCAGCAUGCACUUCGCCGUCUGGUAAGAAAGAAGUUGCUAAGAGGAGAACAAUGCAAGAGAGACUAGUUCGUCUCCCGAGGCUUGUGACAACAUGCCCUCAGUUAGAACACGCUCCUACAAUGCACUGGGCUAUGCUCCUACGAAGAUUUAAAAAAUAUUACCCUGUUGCGGAAUAUAUUUCUGAAGAAGUCAUUCAGCAUGUUUUAAGUGAGACAUGUGCUACUGCUGAAAAGGACAUAAAACAACAAAACGACUGCACGCCGAAUUUAAGCACUCGUUCUUACACUGAAGAUGAUCCUGACGCUACUGAGUUAAGUUCUGAAGAGGAAGAUGAACUUCCCGGUCCAUCUACUUCGCUUGAGAAUAGACCACAUAUCAGUAAGAAUUUGGCUUCAUUCCGGUACUUAAGGGAACAGGUUGCGAUUUGCGCUCAAGAUUACCGGGCAGCGCAAAUAAUUGAAGAGUGCAACCGUGAAAUUGAAGCUGUGAAUUUACAACUGAUGGAAAUGCGAAGGAAAAAGUCACCGGUCGAUUUUGAUUUCGAUAAAACGGGUGUGAAUGAAACUGAGAGUUCUGCUAGAUGUAGACCGUAUAGCAGUCGUAUCAGGAGGAAACUGUUAAGGGUUGAAGAAAGUGCUCCGAAAAAUGAUUAUGUUGCGAGUUCAUUCGAUGCAACGGAGCGAGUACAUGCAUAUGCAUCUAUUGAGGAUCGCAUAAAUCCUGAUUUGUCUUUGCUUAAUGGUGCUGUUGCAUUAAUGUCGGAUUUUCCUGCUUGGAAGUUACGCGCUAAUACCGGCUCCUUCAAGAACUGGGAUGAAACACGGCAGUCAAGGAAUGAGUUAUAUGAACAACAGCCUGAAGAAGUUGUUGACAAAUGCGGAUCUUUUCGUAAAGCUCGGCGAAACAACUACUCGAGCAAGUCUGUUUCUCCGUUGAAAAGAGCUGGUAAGAGGCUUGUGAAGCGAUCAUUGGGUCAGAAGAGAAAUGGAGAGCGUUACUCCAGCGGCCGUAGUCGGAAGGGACAUUUAGACAAACGAAAAAGCGUACAUUUUCUGCCAAGAAUAUUUCGAGAAUUUAAUUAUGAUGAUUCUUCUUUGCAAGAUGGUGGUCUUCCUGGUUUACCUCCGAAGAUAGACUAUAAAGAAAUUUGCAUUCCGCCUUGGAAAUAUGCCCCGAUUGACGUAACGAAGAUAGAAUUAGAUUCACCUUGUUUGCACUUAGCUGAGGGAGCGACUUUGGCAGAAAUUUCUCGCAGACAUUUGCCUUUAGAGUUAAGUGAAAGAAAGCGAUUCCAGCAGUACAGGGACUUCGUUGCAUCCAAAUCGGCUGGUGGUGCAGGUUCAUUAACGGCGGAAACUACGGUUUCUAAGCUUUCUGCUGUUGGACCGUCAAAGUUGUCUGGAACUGGAGGAGUAACUGCCGGUUCUUUAGAAACAGCCAGUAGCGCGUGUUCUAGAGCGCAAACUCCUACCGCUCCUUCCUCUUUGGAGGAUGAGAGGCAUUCAUCUGUUAAUGACAUUCUCACUCCUGAAUAUGAUAGGCCAUCAGUCGCUGCUCCGUAUACGCCGCGGCAUUUUCCUUUAUCAUCUCCAGUGUGCCAGGAUUCUCCAUAA